UGCAGGCAUUGAUUAAGAUGUCGUCCCCGCAGGCUCUGGAGGACAGGCAGGAAGGCGACGAUCCCCCCGGGGACCUCCGCAGCGUCCUGGUCACCAGCGUGCUCAACCUUGAGCCGUUGGACGAGGAUCUCUUCAGAGGAAGGCAUUACUGGGUACCCAUCACCCAGCGUCUGUUUGGGGGCCAGAUCGUGGGUCAGGCCCUGGUAGCUGCAGCCAAGUCUGUGACUGAAGACUUCCACGUACACUCCCUGCACUGCUACUUUGUCCGGGCAGGGGACCCAAAGGUGCCAGUGCUGUACCAGGUGGAGCGGACACGAACAGGGGCGAGCUUCUCGGUCCGCUCCGUGAAGGCCGUGCAACACGGCAGGCCCAUCUUCAUCUUACAGGCCUCCUUCCAGCAGAUCCAGCCCAGCCCCCUGCAGCACCAGUUCUCCAUGCCAGCUGUGCCCCCGCCGGAGGAGCUGUUUGACCACAGGACCCCCAUUGACCAGUACUUAAGGGAUCCUAACCUCUACAAGAAGUACCAAGUGGGGCUGAACCGAACUGCUGCCCAGGAGGUGCCCAUUGAGAUCAAGGUCAUAAACCCACCCACCUUGAGCCAGCUGCAGCGCCAGGAGCCCAAACAGAUGUUCUGGGUGCGAGCCCAGGGCUAUAUUGGGGAGGGCGACAUGAAGAUGCACUGCUGCGUGGCUGCCUAUAUCUCGGACUAUGCCUUCCUGGGCACGGCACUGCUGCCCGACCAGUGGCAGCAUGAGGUACUCUCCGUGACCUCCUUGGACCACUCCAUGUGGUUCCACACCCCCUUCCAAGCGGACCACUGGAUGCUGUACGAGUGCGAAAGCCCCUGGGCUGGUGGCUCCCGGGGACUGGUCCACGGGCGGCUAUGGCGUCGGGAUGGGGUCCUGGCUGUGACCUGUGUCCAGGAGGGUGUGAUCCGAGUGAAGCCCCAGAAGUCAGAGAGCAAGCUCUAGCCAGAGGUACCAGCUUGACCUGGGGCUUCAAGGACUUCCUUCCACCCCUACUCCUGAAGCAAGAGUUACAGAAGAAGGCUGGGCCUUCUGCUGCACGCAUCC